AUGAAAGAACAGUGCACCGGGAACACACAGCGACUGCCACCGCCACCAGCAGCAGGAGUCACGGCGGGUGCUUCGUUAUUCCUCUUCACGCAUCAGCGGACACCGAACGACGCCCACGCAAAAAACACAAACAGUGGGAUGCAAAAAAGCACAACCACCCUUCGCAGGACACAUGCGCUGCCGCCAGUCGUACUGCUGUUUUCUCUUCCAGCGCACCCGCACAUCACCCCACACAGCCGGAGAAUCCCCCGUCGACGAAUCCACAACGGCAGUAACACAUCGGCAGGUACGGCUGUUGGAAGAGAGUUAAUAAGCAAUUGUCCCAGGCACCCGAAAUGCCACACCACUCAAUUGCUGCACACCGCCAACAGAACAACCGCAACACGUCGCCGGGACAAAUCGCGGACUCAAGCUCUUCUCGCGAGGGCCGCCACAGCCGGGAUCUUGUACGUGCGUUCUCAGCACUCACGCCGCUCCACAGCGUGUGCAAAAUGGCGUGUGUUUGUGGUGUGUGUGUCAAAGCCUACACUUGCAGAGCAGCUGUGCAGGAAAAGAGAGUCAGAAGAAAGCAAUGGCAGAAAGAAGCGGAUAGCACACACGCAAUUACUCAUAU